AUGGUUCUAAUUUACGUGGACGAUAUAAUUGUGACAGGAAAUGAUGCCAAGAAACUGCAAGACUUCAUUUCUCAUCUUGACACCAUGUUCGCUUUGAAGGAUUUGGGGCCACUUCACUACUUUCUCGGUAUAGAAGUCCACCGAGAUGAAACGGGAUUAUAUCUCAGUCAAGCAAAGUACGUGAAGGAGUUACUUACUAGAACUGAGAUGCUACAUCUUAAGCCGUGUACCACGCCCAUGACAGUAGGCAAAGUACUGUCGAAAACAGAUGGUGAGUUACUGAAGGAACCCACAGCCUAUCGGAGCAUAAUUGGCGGGCUACAGUAUUUAACUCAUACUCGGCCAGACCUAUCUUUUGCUGUAAACAAGUUGAGUCAAUACUUGCAAACACCUACAACAGCCCACUGGACAGCUGCGAAGAGAGUACUCAGAUACUUGAAGGGAACAAUCAACCAUGGACUUCAUAUCAAGUAUUCAGAUCAGCUCAACAUCACAGGUUAUUCAGAUGCAGAUUGGGGCUGUUGUCCUGAUGAUAGAAAGAGUGUUGCUGGGUACUGUGUUUAUCUUGGAGAUACCCUUAUUUCUUGGUCUUCGAAAAAGCAAGCAGUGGUGUCGCGUUCCAGCACGGAAUCGGAGUAUAGAGCCUUGGCUCAUGUGGCUGCAGAAAUCUCGUGGAUACAGGCAUUAUUAAGUGAGUUUAAUUUUCCUAUACAGAGAACUCCUAUUAGUUGGUGUGAUAAUAUUGGAGCCAGUGCAUUAGCAUCCAACCCUGUCUAUCAUGCACGCACAAAGCACAUCGAAUUGGACGUCCAUUUUGUAAGAGACAAAGUUCUGAAGAAGCAGCUAGAAGUCAGAUAUGUACCGUCCCAGGAUCAAAUUGCCGACCUUCUGACUAAGAGCCUAACGCAUCACAGAUUUCACUUUCUGAGUGACAAACUUGGAGUGGUAGAAACCCCUCUUAGUUUGAGGGGGAGUGUUAGAACAUGA